CGGCGAGUACCACAAGAGCCGUUUAGUAUCACAUUAACGUUCAUUCAAUUCGGCGGAACCGUCUAAGAAUCAAAAGUGACAGGUGCUGUAGUACUACCGUACCGUACCGUAUUUACGCAUAAUUUUUAGCUUUUUUAAAUAAUUUUUUCCGAAAAAAAUUGGAUUUGUUUUUUGUUAAUGUAAUUUUACCUUAACUUUUUUUAAGUACUGAACAACAUCGUCUUAAAAUAAGAAAAAAGGAUUCUUACGUGAGGGUUGGAAUCAUGAGGUAUCAUUGGAUAGUGCCUCUCGCGUUACUCGUGAGUACCGUGAGUGAGUUAGCGGUGGGCGUGUCAUCGCGUUUACCGCGCACGAGUGCUGCGCAACUCGCCGCUCAAAAUAAGACUGUGAGGAGUAGUGCUGUAAAUAGGACUAAUGUGAGGCCCGGCUUUAAGACCAGGGGAACAUCAAAAACCAUUCUUGCUGAUCAACAGACCAAUGAAAGUACCAAUAGAGAGCAACACCUUUUCGGAGUCUUCGAAUCAAUCAUAUCCACAUUAGAAACCAAACUCCAAAGAAUUGAGAACCUCGACAAAGCGGUAGAACAUCUAAUGAGAAGAGUGGAAACCCUUGACUCACGUGUGAACAACAAUAUCGACAAAACCGACUCGGUUAUCUUAAAGCUACGAAACCUGGACACAAAACUAUUUGAAACAGCUGCUGGCGUGGAUAGAAAACUAAUCUUUGAUGACUCAGUAACUUUAAAUAAAAAACUGGUGUCCUUGGAUCAAAAGGUGAGUGAUAUUGAUUCAAAACUCAACGGUUUAAAAAACCAACUGGAUAACAAUUACUUACAAAAUGAAGAUAUUAAUGUGGAAGCAAGUGAGAAACGACCAGUUAGCAUGAACGUGGUUGAAAUAUCUAAGGCAUUAAACACAGAAGUUCUGAAUCAUAUUACUAAGGAGCUUGGGCAAGUGAGAGAGACCACCAGUACUAUGGACAAGAAGUUACAAUACCACAUUAACUACGCAACAGAAAACAUGGGAAAGAUCAUCAAUAUGAUCUCAGAUAUUCAUCAAGCGAUUGUAGAAGAAACAAAAGGUUAUCACGAAGAAAGGUUUCAGAGAAAUGGCAGCACUACCACCACCACCAGUAAACCAGAAGUCACUAGGUCUAGUAAAAUUGAUAGUCUGGUGCAACAGAUGAAACCUAUGAUAUCUGUUUCUGAAAAAAUGGAUGAGGUGUGGAAUGUAGUAGUGGGUACCAAAAGCUCCGUAGAUGACUUGGUACCUAAGUCGGAUGAGCUCCUAACCCAAACGCAACGUCAAGAACGGGCCAUAGGAGAAAUCCAUAAUGAUUUACGAUCAAAAACUAACAAAAUCAUCGCAAACUUGGAUAAAGUUGAAAUGCGACUAAAAAAACAAGAAGAUGAUGUUGCCACGUUGGCCCAACGACCUGUGCCAGCCGAUAUUCUUUUGUCAGAACCAAGUCUCGACAUCCCUGACUACGAUCAACCUCGAUUCGACGAAGAAGAUUUCACCGUAAAUGCCCAGUAUACGACCUUACCACCGCCAUCUACCAGUAACCAAUCAUCGUAUGUCGUUCAGAGUGGUAACUUUAGUAACGUGUCAAAUAAUAGUAACGUUGCCAGUACGACGGAAAAAAGGGCGGAAAAGAGGAAAGGCGGUGUGAUUUUUCCGAGUGUGAAAAAUAAGCCGCUAUUGAAUAAUUCCACUUUUGUGACCGAUGCGGUUACUAGUGUGAGGGAUAUUAGGGGCUACUCUUGUGCUGACCUCCUUACGGCCGGUAUGAGAACUUCUGGGGUGUAUCAUCUGCAAAUUAGAGGAACGACUUUUUGGUUUUUGAAGGUUUAUUGCGAACAGGAAGUUGCUGACGGAGGAUGGACAGUUAUUCAAAGGAGAAACGACUUUGGAAUACCACGGGAAAACUUUAAUAGAGACUGGAACGAUUACAAAAACGGAUUUGGAGAUCCCGCAAAGGAGUUUUGGCUGGGAAAUGAGAAUAUUUACAUGCUGACUAAUAACGAGGAAUAUUCUUUGAGAGUUGAGCUUGAGGACUUUGAGGGAAAUAAACGUUAUGCUCAAUACUCUCACUUCAAAAUCUACUCAGAAGCUGAAUACUAUAAGUUGGAGAUUGAUGGCUACGAAGGAAACGCUGGGGAUUCCCUCAAUGAUCCUUGGUAUGGAAGUAAUAAUAGUCCGUUCUCCACAUACAACAGAGAUAAUGAUAGAUCCAGCUUAAAUUGUGCCUCAAUGUUAAAAGGCGGUUGGUGGUGGAAAUCUUGUGGAAGGGGAUUGAACGGACUAUAUUUAAAUGACCCACAAGAUCUUACAGCACGACAAGGAAUCGUGUGGUUCCGUUGGAGAGGCUGGGACUACACCCUAAAAAAAUCAGUGAUGAUGAUAAAACCCAAAAACUACCUCAGCAACACUUAAGACGCGAGAGGUGCCCAAACCAUAUUUUUUUAAGUAAACUUGUACAAAUUGUAUAUGUUUUUAUUUUGGAAAAUAUUUUAUAUAGCGCCAGUUUACAAUUAUAGAUAAGUUUUUGUAUAUCUGGGGAGUUAGUGCUCCUAAAGAGGCUUUCCAUGUUCCUUUUCCAAAAGAAAUGGAGAGUUUUUUUGUAACGAACGCACUGUAUAUUUUCAUCAUUUAUCACCAUAUUUUGAAAGUUUAUAAUAAAAAGAAAAUUAGCUACACAAGUUAAUAAAAUAAUCAGCUAUUACAAGAAGUAAAUCUGGGUCAGUAUGUAAAUGAACCGACUGCUUGCUGUUCGAGUUUCGAACGUUGUAGCCUUCUUAAGUCAAUCGCUUACGUAACGUAUUAGGAUUACGUAAGGUACCGCCGGCCCUUUAAAUAGCAUUAAAUUUAUUUUACCAGGGAGGUUUAAUAGUUUUUUUUUUAAUUACUUUCAUCAUCUGUUUAUCAUUUUUUUUAUUUAUACAUUCAUAUUCACCAUUUAGCAGUAUUAUAUACUAGUAAAAAUACACUGUUUAGAAUAGUUUUGCUUAAUAUAUCAUGCUUUUGCACCUCGUCUAAAAUUGUAAGCUGGCUUGACACUUUAUAAAAAUAAUUAUUUAUCGCAUAUAACACAUCAGAAUCUAUAAAGUAUAACGUUGUCUCUUUUUAUUUUGUUGUAAAAAUAAGAGAAGAAAACUUAAGACUGUGACAAGGUGAAUUUAGAAGAGUUAUUGUGUAAGGAGAGUAUCGUGAAUUUUACAGAUAAAAUUUUCUUAAUUUUAAGAAAUCAGUUAAUAAGCUUAUUAUAUAAUUAUGUUGGUGUUAAUUGUAAAUAAUAUUUUAUAUCGCAAUUUUAAAUAUAAAAUAUAUAAUUAUUUAUAAGUUAUAAUAA